AUGAUAAAUGCAGGAUGUAUAACAUCAGCAUGCGAUACGAAUUCAAACUAUAUUGCCGGUGUCGCUUCUGUUGCCGGUACCGGCGCCUCUAACAGUUUCGGUGGCGGCGCUCGACCAUUGUUGGUUUCAACAGAACGACCGGAGCUAUCAUCAAACGCAAACGAAUUUUUUACUGAAGAAUUGCUAAACGAGAUUCGAGCUGGGCGUGCACGAGUAAUCGAAAGGCAUCGAUUUAGGCCUAUUUAUCGAUAUGAUGAUCCAGAAACCGGGAUCAGUUAUGCUGUUAUAAAAUCGCGUAGUGGAAAUUUGCUGAUAUUGGAUACGUUAGAUAACAUAUAUAAUGAAAGAUAUCGAUGGCAUCGUACAGGAGGAUAUAUUGAACGAGGAAGUUCUGAACCGAUAUAUGAUACCUCAAGAAGACGUACAGCUAGAGCAACUUUUAGAACAUUAAAAAGAUGA